UGACUUUACAAAAUCCCCAGUACAAUUUCUUCAUCAUAUCACUCACGAACCAAACCUGAUACAAUCAUCAUGUCAUCCAAUCCUAAUAGCAGACAAUUACCAUUUGCAGAUGCAGCAACCAUAGUUCGUGCCCACCAAAAAGAUGCAUACUUUGAAUCAAUAUAUCGAACGUAUUUACAAGAUUUCUUUCAAAUUUUACACGGUCAAAGGUUCAUCAAUAGUUAUCCUCAAGAAAUAACUGUGUUGGCCAAGGCUCUUUACCUACUGUUGACCACAUUACUUGGAGCAAGAACAUUGGGAGAAGAAUAUGUUGAUUUAAUAUAUGUCAACAAAACUGGAAAAAGACUUCCUCGAUUAUUACCUCGUAUUGGGUUCAUCUUGUCAUAUGCGGUAUUACCAUAUAUUGUCAGUAAAAUUUUUAAGCUGUUCAAAUCGUCAAGUGAAGAGGAACUGAAGAAAGACGGUAGCAUAAGUAUCAAACAAUGGUUGAUUCGAAUGUUUUCCAAUUACUACAAGGUAUUAGAUGUGAUACUUAAUGUCCAUAUAGCCUUGUUUUAUUUUAAAGGAGAGUUUUACUCUCUUUCGAAAAGGAUAUUUGGAUUAAGAUAUGCAUUUGGUCAUAACAAGGAUCCUCAAAAGGUUCAACAACAAAGUGGUAAUUAUUCCUUGCUAGGUGGAAUUAUCAUCUUACAAUUAUUUGUCAAACUGUUAAUGGCAUUGAAAUCCUAUAAUGAUGAAUUAGUAAAGAAAGGUGAAAAGACUAAUACAGCCACUCAGCGGGAUAAUGGUACCAGAAUACACGACAUCAAUACUUUACAAACAUUGAGUGAAAACUUUGAAACUGAUCACAUCAUCGAUUUAUCAGAUGAAUCUCAAUUACCAUACUUACCAGAAAAUUCGCGUAAUUGUAUGUUGUGUUUAUCACCUAUGGUUAAUCCUUCGGCUGCCAUUUGCGGUCAUAUAUUUUGUUGGGAUUGUAUUGUUGAUUGGAUCAGAGAACAUCCUGAAUGUCCCUUAUGCAGACAACAAUGUGCAGAACAGAACUUGUUACCGCUUAGAUAGAAACACGUUUACAUAGUAAUACACGGACUAAUUUCAGGCACAAUUG